AUGAAAAGCAACGCGGGUGGGAGGCGGUUGACGUCGACGCCAGUUGGGGUUAUUUUGCUUAAUGGUUUCAGUAGCAAAUUAGGAGGCAUGUCAUCUUUCAUCCCUACCCGGAAUGGCGCUGAAGGUGGGAGUCUACGAUAUUUUGUCGGAGACGACCGAGUCGAUGAAAGCCGCAGAACGGUGCCCGUGGAUAGUAGUGUUCACGAGGCUAUUGCUGAUGUGGUGCGAGAUUGUUUCAGCCAAGGGUUUCAGGAGUCUCGAAAGCUCGACCCUCAGAAAUUGACGGCGCUGAUGGAUAAUCUGGAACGUACGAUCCCAAAUGACGUGCCCCAAAGGCUUUGGUGUUCUUGGGACUGGGCCAGAGUGGCGGGAGAGUUGUAUGAUAAACUGGACCGGCGUAGAAUGCUUGCGCUGCUAGAUCGUUGCGCGCGCACAGUAAUUCGACCCCCAGGAAUGACCGACCAAUGGUACUUGGCGAAGCUUCUACAGAGCAGCCGACGCCGUAAGUGUAUGUGGUGGAUGGAUGCCAUAGGAGCUAAACAUGAUGAAGGUCUCAACAAUGGGCUGGUCCUCCACGACUUGGCCAUGGCCCAUCACUUCAUUCGAUUUCCUGCAACGACGGAGUCGGAACGACGGGUAGUCUACUCUAUUGCCCAAGUUGUAAAAUGGUUGUUGGAUAUUAAAACUGAAACGGAUAGGCUCGGGCGGAACAGAGAAAUCACCCUGUCCCAGAAGAACCCUUUCGCAAACCAACUAACCACCUUUCUACGGGACCUAUGGGGACCCGAAAGGUUUAAGAGGAUAGUUCAACUUGCAAGGAGACUCCUUCACACCGUAGAAGCUCCGGCGGACAUGUCGGACGCCAUGUUCUUUAGUCGUUUUCUUGGAUCCGUUUCAAGUAGGCUUCAUUGUCUGGCGCCGUUUUAUGCGAGAAUUGGAUUUCACAUUAAUCGUCAAAAUUGGAAGCCUCGAGAUUCGAACAUCCAAGAUUCGGACCAUCAACUUUCGAACGAGACGUGCAUAGUUGAAGACCAAAAGACCGACAACCUCCAACGCCAGCCGGUCAGUACUCCCGGACCACGGGGCACCUUUGGCGGCUUCCUGCAUGCCGACUGCGCGGGCACGCCUUCACCCCUCGGAAGUAAUUGCGACGGCGGCGCCCUCAACAUCGUACAACCCUUGGACGCCGCGCAACCCUUGGACGUCGCGCAACCCUUGGACGUCGUGCAACCCUUGGACGCCGCGCAACCCUUGGAUGCCAGUAUCGAAGAAGCUCAACAAUUUCUUGUUGGCGUAAUACAAGAUGGUUGCAAACGGGAUUUUGGCAAUGGUCAAGUUUUGUCCCCGGCACCAGAAAGCUUGAGCAAGGCUAUGGAGUGCCUUACCCGGGUGGUAGUGAGUGCUUGCAACAAACCUAUAGGCCGAGACACAAGAUUUUGCUCAUGGGAUAGGGCCAGAGUGGCUGGAGAGCUAUACAGCAAACUUGAUCGUAGCAGAAUGCAGAUGCUUCUGGCGAAGUGCGAGGCAGUUCUCGGUCGGCCUGCCGGGAUAACUGACCAGUGGUUCUUGGCCAAAGUAUUGCAGAGAUUUGCACCUACCCGAUGGAUGGCGACGGUUGCUAAGUGUCUUGGUGUUACGCUACAAGGCGGCAAUAGACAAUUUAGGAUUCAGGACGUCGCUAUGGCUCGUCAUUUCACCGGCCUACCGGACACGACGGAAUCUGAAAAGCGGAUAAUCUGGUCAGUGUGUCAAAUUGUAACCUGGAUGGUCAAGACAAAACUACAGGAACCUGAUUUCGCAUUGAUCACAGCCAGAUCCGAAUACUACUGGACUAUGAUCGACACUUAUUCCGUCGAAUUGACCGCCUUUCUUUACAAACUUUGGGGCCCUGAACGCUUUAGAAGCGUAGCAAACCUUGCCAGGAUGCUCCUUCCUGCGCGUGCCGCCGCCAUGUCCGAUGCCUGCUUCUUGGGGUGUUUCCUUCGCGGCGCGUUUGUAGCAGCUCGGACGGCGAAGCAGUCGUUGCGUGAGCACAUUGGGUUCUGCUACGCUGGACCCGAAAACCGGCAUGCAGCUAGAGGUGAAGGCCCGUGCUUUUUCGGACGACUACCCCUCAAUUGGAACCGGGAAGCUUCCGAUCCCAGAACGGAAUCUGACAUUGCCCCAACCGAUCCCGUUACCAUCUCAAAGACAAAGCCACGUGCGGCAGCCGGUCUCACAGUUGUUGCCACGCCAGCGCCUCCGUCAGCACCCCAUCCGGUAACGUCAGCACCCCACCCGGUAACGCCAGCAUCCCACCCGGUAACGUCAGCACUCCACCCGGUAGUGUCAGCACCCCACCCGGUAGUGUCAGCACCCCACCCGGUAGUGUCAGCACCCCACCCGGUAGUGUCA